AUGUCAUCUAUUUACUCGACAACCGACACUGAGGCUAUCUUCUCUGGCUGGGGUCGUUCUGGCGACACUAUAGACGCUGACGCGCUCAUGGCCGACCUCAAGCAACACGCGCGGCUGCACCGCGACGAUCCCAGGUUCAUCCCGGGUAUUAUCGCGCGGUUCCAGGUCGCGAUCGACGUGUUUAGGCGCCACCAGACGGAGUAUCCGUUCACUGACGCUGCCGUCGAGACUGUGUGGUCGUUAAUGAAGGUUGAAUUGCGUUUUGCGACCACGUAUAUCGUCGACCACGGCCCAUUUUCGCGCUGGUACCGGCCCAUCAUCGACGAGCGUACCGCUACGCGCGCAAACUCUCUCGCCACCAUGAUGCGCGUUCUCUUGACGCCUCCUGCGGGCUUUCCCGGCCCAAGUCAAGCUGAUCCAGCGUGGUUCAUUGGCCCAACGCGCUGGUUCUACGCUUACCCUGCCAUUGCGAGUUCGCCCAAGAAGACGCUUCCCACCCGUCGCGUCAUCAUGGACCUCUUCCAGCCGCUCGUUCAGCAGGAGCUGGCGCGCGCGCAGCACGAGGAAGAAGAUCGACAACGUCAGCGGGCAGCGCUUGAGGCCCAACUUCGCGCUUUGGAUGCUGGCCGCCCGGGCGCGCCGCACCCGCCGGGUGCAGCGCACCCGACGGGUACACAGCAGGCUGCAGGAGGUCCAGGUGGAGGGAAAUCGGCGAAGGGGAAGGGCAAGGGGAAGGCAAAGGCGAGGGAGGAGGACGAGGAGGAGUGGGUUGAUGACGGAGGUGCGGAAGAGGAUGGCGACGGAGAGGUAGAGGUCGUGGAGACGCCACCCAAGCCUGUAAAGCCGAGGAGGAAGACCGGUGGUGCUCGGAAGAAGGCAGCGAAGAAGGAGAGGAAGGAUACCGGCUUCCGCGCCAACGCGUGGGGUCUCGCGGGCUCUGUCAGCCGUGAGAACAUCAACUUCGCGCGGAGCGAGAUGCAGAUUUUGGCUCUCAAGCCGGCGAACGGAUUCCUCGACGACGCGGACGCCUGGAGCAUCAAGGAGCUGCAUGGGAUUGACUCGCGUACAGCUCUACAAAGCGACCCUCCCUGCCAGAACUGCGUCAAGCGCGAAGAGCCCUGCUGGUACCGCGGGUACUCAUCAUGCCUAAACUGCAACGUGCACAAUACGCGUUGCGAUGGGCUCCAUAUUACCUUCCCCAACGAGGAGGACGGGCCCGAGAUGUAUCGCCCUGACUUGGAGAUUCGAGAGCGCAAAAUGGAGGAGUUGAUGGAGGCUAGCUUUGUCAGUAGGGCGCAGCGCGAUGAUUGGUUCGAUGAGGACUACCGCUCCCAUCCGAAGGCAACGGGACGCGCGCAAGGUACGACAUCCGCCACGCCCGCGCCAACCGCCAGCUCCGUUCAGUUCGCUACGCCUGCACCGCCCGAACGCGCCCAGUCCUCGCUUCCGCACGCCCGCUUCGCCGAAUCCGAGUCCGACGUCGAUCAGCAACCCUACCGCGCCACACAUGGCCUCCUCGAUCAUCAGUCCGAGUCCGACAGCGUCGCGCAGGUGUCCUACGACGAGCCUAUGGCGGUGGACGCGCCUCGCAAGCGCGGGCGAUCAUCCUCAACAUUCACCUCACCCUCCGCGCCGCCAGAUGCACCGCCUCCGAAGAAAGCGAAUACGGGAGCGCACCACGUUGGACAAGGAUCGUACCCGCCACCCAACGUGUCUGGCGUCACGCCCGCCGGGUCGGGCGUCGCGCCCGCCGGGUCGGUUCAUCAGCUGGAUCCUCGCGUUGUCCUGCCUGGCUCCGCGUCGGAGUGGGCGCCACGGCCACCCGCGCACGCGUCGCAGCAGCCCCCAACGUCCGAUCCAUCCGUUCAGGCGCAACUUCUUGCCAUGAACGAGCGGCUGACGAAGGUGGAGGAGACCAUGGCCAAACUCGUCGCCAGCAACGAGUCCAUGGAGGCCACGACCAAGGACCUCAACACCAUGACGAGGGUAAACUGGAAGAACGUCAUGGAGUGGCUGCGCGCGAACGGGCAGGGCGUCAAGUUGUACAAGCCGGGCGACAAAAUGCCUGAGUGGUCUGGCAAGAUCAAGACGGCGCCCGCGGCUACUGGACACCAGGCGGGCGGCUCGCAGAUGUCGGGCGGCUCGGUGGCGUCAUCCACAACGUUGCCGCCCGCGUUCACGCCUCCUCUUCAGUCCCAGUCUGCCUCUGCGGGCCCUCCACCGCUCAACACCGCGUCUGGACCGUCGCCUCAGCAGCCUCAGCAGGUCGCGUCCGCCUCGCUUGCGUCUGGACAGGCUCACACGCCCGCGCCAACAUCCGCACCCACGCCCACAACGGUUUCAGCCUCCAUGGCGUCCGCUCUUCCCCCGCCACAAGCGCCACUUCCACCCACACCGUUGUCCGCGUCUGUGGCGGCCGCCGUACCCCUGCCCGACACGCGCACGUCGUCGCCCUCUGCGUUGGCGACGUCUGGCGUGCAGCCACACGUCCCCGCGCUCCCUCAGCACCAUCCUCAGCCCGAAGUUCAUCAGGCUGCAGCUGCGAACCCGGCGGGCGUGUUGUUUGCACCCGGCGGGGUUGAGAACGUGCCCGGCGGGUACCAAGCGCCUACCACGGCUCCCGUUCAACUUCUUCCACCUCCUGCUGAGCCUCCGCGCGCGUACUCGCCCGCAGGAUCCCAUCUCGCGCCCCAGACGCUGUUCCAGCCGCCCGCGCCCGCCACGAACCUCGCCUCGCCUCGCCUCGCUGCACCUCCCAUGGCCAAGUCCACCAGCCUCCAGCCGCCCAAGCCACUAGCGUCGGCUCCCGUGAUCACACGGUCAAGCAGUGCAGGCGCGUCGGAUCCGCGCUCCUCCGGAUACGCUAUCCCGCCCGUUCCGUCCACGCCGCUCGUCCAGCCGCUCAACCCAAUUGGGGGCCCGCCCUGGACGCCUGGAGAGACGGAUAUGUGGAAUCAUAUCCGCAAGGACUGGAAUGAAGGUCCGGCCGCCGCGUAUUCGAGCGAGAUGGACUCGCCUCAAGCUCUACGACUCCCUCCGCGCACAGAGACGCAGCGCAACGCCCCGGACGUCAGCAUGGACGAGAUCAGGGCCCCCCAUCCGUUCCCCAAUUCCGAUGAGGAGGAUCCUGCGAGCGGUAGCGUGCCGGUCGCGCCGUUCCCUGAUUCGGACGAUGAAUCAGGCAAGCCCAGGUCGUUUCCUGCAUCGGAUGAGGGGUCUGACGACGGUGUUCAACAGGAGCGCACGCGUCCACCUCCACGUAAACGAGCCGCGCGCAGGCAGGUCUCCGAAUCCGAGGAGGACGAUGAGGAGGAGGAUGAGGACGAGGGCGAUGAAGAUAGCGAGGAAGACGGCGAUGGUGAUGGGACGCCAGAGCAGGAACCGGCUGCUACCAAAGGGCGACAGCUUCGUAACCGUCAGGGAGGCAAGGCGGUCACGGAGAAGGCGCAGAAGGCGCAGAAGGCUGGCGGAUCGGCCGCAACGAGCUCGGCGCAGGGCGGAUCCAAAGCGGGCGGAGGAAGAGGAAAGGCCGCGCCUAAACCCGUUGCGGUGAGGAAGCCCGCGGCCAGAGGGCGCGGAGGUCGCCGUAAGUAG